AUGGCCUUUGCUGCAAUUCUAGAGGGAUCCUUCCAUGCAAAACUAGAUCGCACCAACGAGGAGCUGUUGCACCACCCCACAGUAGACAUCAAGACUGUGUUAUCACAGUUGAUGGACAGGUUGUCAAAUUAUGCUGCCUCUAGUACUGAAGUAUUGCCCGAAUUUCUGCAAGUGGAAGCAUUUACCAAAUUAAGCACAGCAAUAAGCAGGGUGAUAGAAGCACAAGCCGACAUGCCUAUUGUGGGAGCAAUAGCUUUGCAUGUUUCUCUUCUUACAUUUACUCUCCGUGUUCAUCCGGAUCGAUUUGAUUAUGUGGAUCAAGUACUGGGAUCAUGUGUUAAGAAGCUUUCUGGAAAACCAAAGCUUGAUGACAAUAGAGCAACAAAGCAAGUCGUUGCACUUUUAAGUGCUCCACUUGAUAAAUACAAUGAUAUUGUGACCGCCUUGACACUUUCUAAUUAUCCUCGUGUAAUGGAUCAUCUUGAUCAUGAAACAAAUAAGGUCAUGGCCAUGGUUAUUAUCCAAAGUAUUAUGAAGAAUAACACGUGCAUCUCUACUGCAGAUAAGGUUGAAGUUUUAUUUGAAUUAAUAAAAGGGCUUAUAAUGGACGUGGAUGGAACAACUGUGGAUGAGGUUGAUGAAGAAGAUUUCAAUGAGGAGCAAAAUUCUGUUGCUCGUCUCGUCCACAUGCUUCAUAAUGAUGAACCAGAGGAAAUGUUUAAGAUAAUAUGUACCGUAAAGAAGCAUAUUAUGAGUGGAGGACCAAGGCGCUUACCUUUUACAGUUCCUUCCCUGAUAUUUUCUGCACUCAGGUUGAUCAGGCAAUUGCAUGGGCAGGAUGGAGAUAUUGUGGGAGAAGAAGUUCCUACAACACCAAAAAAAAUAUUCCAGCUUUUAAAUGAGAUAAUUGAAGCUCUUUCUUCUGUGUCAUUUCCUGAACUGGCGUUAAGACUGUAUCUGCAAUGUGCUGAGGCUGCUAAUGACUGUGACCUUGAGCCUGUUGCUUAUGAAUUUUUCACUCAGGCAUUUGUAUUAUAUGAAGAAGAAAUUGCGGACUCUAAAGCCCAGGUAACCGCAAUACAUUUAAUUAUCGGGUCUCUUCAGAGAAUGAACGUCUUUGGUGUUGAGAACAGGGAUACAUUAACACACAAGGCAACAGGGUAUUCAGCCAAACUUUUGAAGAAACCUGAUCAGUGUCGAGCAGUUUAUGCAUGUUCUCAUCUCUUUUGGGUUGAUGAUCAAGAUGGUAUUAAAGAUGGAGAAAGGGUAUUGCUUUGCCUUAAGCGUGCUUUGAGGAUUGCAAAUGCUGCUCAACAAAUGGCCAAUGUAGCAAGGGGCAGCAGUGGUCCAGUAACAUUAUUUGUUGAAAUACUGAACAAGUACAUAUAUUAUUUUGAGAAAGGAAACCCGCAGAUCACUAGCGCUACUAUCCAGGGGCUUAUAGAAUUGAUCAUGACUGAGAUGCAGAGUGACUCUGCAUCAGCUAUUCCUGCCUCAGAUGCCUUUUUUACCAGCACAUUGAGGUAUAUCCAAUUUCAAAAAGAGAAAGGCGGUAUACUAGGUGAAAAAUAUGACCCUAUCAAGGUCCAAACCCCUGCCUAA